AUGAGUCGACGUUCACAUCGACCCUUUCCUUUCCUCAAGCUCUUUGCCCAGGCCAUACACCAGAAGCUAUACGCUCGAGGUGCAGAACAACAUAGCAGUGAAGUCAGACAAGACGUGGGAACGUCCAAAAUGGUCCAAACGUACAAGAUCACCAUCACAAACGCCUCCGAGGUACCUCGGCAGUUCUUCCUCGUUCAUGGCGUUCCAAGCUCCGAGAGCGUCGCUGAUGAGAGUGCUUUCGACCACGCUUACCAACGCUCUGUGAAGAUCAUGGGCGAUGGAACCUCGAGCGCUACCUUCGUCCUCGACGAUAACUACUAUGCCAUCUGCGGCACCAAGGUGGGACUCUCAGGUGGACGCCCGCCCGUGCCUGGUGGCUUCACCAUCUCCACCGAUGAUUCCUUCACGUACCCGAACAAGAGCAAUAUCUACAUUGGCCUCGGUGCUAUAGAUCCUGUAACGGGAAAUGUCGUCCCCGUUGAGACAUUCGCGGCCAUGCCCAAGACAACCUCCCAGAUAUAUCCCAAGCCCGUCUACACCGUUUUCACAGGGCGGGUCAAGAAUGAUACCACUAUAAGCGAAAAAGAGUUUGGCAGUCUCCUGCGGGUUGACUUCUCCAAUGCAACCAUUCGCGAGGCCAUCUUUACCCUAGAUGCCUGCAACCAGUAUGUUCCUUCACCUAGGAUGAAGAGUUCCGGUAUCACUUAUAGCGUGGACGACGGCGCAAAUUCGACUUAG